AUGGAUGUAUUGUUCUACUACCUACGGAAGAUUGGUGUGCAUGGUACUAGUGCUGAGGUUAGGUACACGAUGACUGAUGUGAUGUUUGACCAACACAUAAAGUCGUUAUAUGCUAUAUACCUGUCACAGUCCUGCAAUACUGCUAUAUGCAGUGUUCAUGAUAUUAUCACUGACUACGUUAUGGGUUAUAGACUUAUAUGCGGAAGUUCAUGGUUUGAUCUUGAUCACAUCUUGUUUCCGAUGCACGUAGAAGUCAAUGACGUUAACAGUCCAUUCGAGGUUUUGAUGGCGGCCAACAUCCCACAGCAACGAGAGAGCGAUUGUGGUGUUUUCGUUGCAUCUUACGCUGAGCACUUUAUAACCGAUGUUGACAUUACUACGAAAAAGUUUAAUGUUGACAUCAAGAGACAAAGGUAUACCUACAUGUUGUACACACACGGUACAACAAAGCAGAGCAAUGGCUAUGAAAGUGAUGAUGACCCUCCCGGAUCAAUGCCCGAUGACGUCCGUUUUAGUCUAUUAGCUUGA